UGCGGUCAAGCUCAAACUAGACGGCCGACAUUGAACAUUCUUCUGAUCAGUGUAAUAAUGUUUUCUUUUCAAUCCUAAGUUUCUUGUGAUUACUUGUCCACCAUGUCUUGGUCCCAGGGUUCAAGGGCGACCCCAGAAGCUUCCUUCGAGCUUCUGAACCACUUAAACAGGGAGGAACUACAGAGAAUGCUCAGCGAUGACGACAGAAUACAGGACUUAGUGAGCGACCACGAAUCUGUAAAGUCCCUCCAGCUAGAGCGUGAGAUGUUACUUGCGAGUAACCGCAGCCUGGCAGAGUUUAACCUGGAGAGAGAACCAGAGCUAGUCGCCGGCAGACAGAAACUCUCCCGCGCUCACCAGGAGGCCGCAGAACUACGGGUCCUGUACGACGAGAAAAAACAGCGACUAGAGUCCCUGGUGCAGAGAAAUGACCUGGACACGACCCAUGCUCUACUGCAGGCAGCUGCUGCUGAGAUUGAGGAGGAAUCUGAGUCGCUAGCUGACCAGUUCCUUGAGGGAGGCAUACCUGUGGAGGACUUCCUGUCCCAGUACCUGGAGAAGAGGAGACUAGCUCACCUGCGCAGGGUCAAGUCAGACAAGAUGCAGGAACUUAUGAACAGGUCACAGAGUGCCCCUGCGCCACAACCCCGUGGCUACGGGAACUACGCUUCGCCCGCCGGCGGAUACGGACAGCCACAGCCGUACCAGAGUCAGCCGUACCAACCCGUACAGAACCAGCCGCACGGGAUCCUCAGGAUGCCUGAGCCCAUGAUGCAGUACCAUCGAUAGUCUCAAAAAGGCUGUGAACCAAGGAUUUAUUUAAUGUGGCAUGUUUUUAAAGACUACAUGUAUAACUUAAUAAUAGUAUAAGCAUGUUGUUAACUGUGCUGUUUUGCCAUGAUUUUAUCAUGAUGCCGCGCUAGCUGUCUUUCCUUGGAACCAUUUAUUUUCCUGUCAUGGUGUUAUCCAGGAAGCACAUCUUGUAUUUUUAGUGUAAGUCGGCAAGAAAGGUUUUAAGGUUAUGCAGCUUCUGUGUAAAGAAUACCUCAUGAAAUAUUUAAUGGUAGACAAAUCUUUUCUGUCAUGCAGGUUUUUGAUAGUGUAGCUUUUAACUUAAAUGUUACAUUUGACUCUGGUGGUUUUAUAUUUAAGUAAUUUUGUGGCUGCGUGUUACAUAUUCAAGAAAUUGUCUUUCUUGCUUCCUUGUACAUGGAGGUGGAGUUCAUUCACUGUUUGUUAACUGUACAUCAAAAUGCUUUCCAUAUACAGCAGUACAGAGUUAAAGCAAAUAUGGAGAUUGCUUUAAGUCUCAAUAUUUAUAGCAACCAGUUUAGUUUUGGUCAAAUUUGUAGGUUGCCUGUAUGAAAGUAACAAGGCUUUUUAAAAUAUUGUUAGGCAGCACUUAAAUAAGAUGAAUUUACAGAAUUUAUUUAUUGAUAGUAACAUGAUCCAGUAACUUCACAUGCAAAGAAAAUGCUGGCACUGUUUGACAUGUUUUCAGUUUGACCGUCGUUGACGCAAAACUUGUUGAGCUUUAAAAUAACAAGAUGUAAAGACUUUCCUUACAGUUCUGGCAUCUGGAUAUACAAUUCACUGUCAGCCUCUCCUUUUGUGCUAUUUAUCAUGUGGUUUUUAGAAACAAACUUUAUGCAUAAAAAUGCAGGAUUUGAGACGUGAAGGAUUUUAACCUAUUUGAAAAUAAACUAUGUUGACUGUGAUAAUUCUAAUGCCAUGUUCACAAGAACUAUUUAUAACAUGUCUUUUAGUGUUGCAUUGAUUGUGAAAGUUUGUAAAAUAAUGUAUAUUAUUGAGAUGUUCAAUAAAGAAUGUACAAAGACAAA